CAAAGAAUCCUUCGACGAGCCCGCCGGGUUUCCGUUCUCUGGUUCUCCGGCGAAUCGAAUUGGACCGGGAAGGAAUCGAGUCGACUGGCUUCGGUUCGUGAUCGAAUGGAGAAGGAGAACCCGUCGAGCAAUCGGUACAUGGGACGAAACGACAGCGACACCUCUGGCGCCUUCAGCGACUGCAACAGUGACCGCUCCGGCGAGUUCCCCUCCUCCGGAUCGCCCACCACGUCGUCUUCCUCCAUCGGCGGCGGCGGCGGCGGCGGGGGACUCCAUCGGCUCCUUGUCUCCUACGCCGUUGAUUACUCCCACGAGGUGGUGCGCCGGCUCAUCUCCGACCUCGAGUCUCCCUCCGCCACCGUCGAGUCCCAGCGCCGAGCCGCCAUGGAGCUCCGCCUCCUAGCGAAGCACAACCCGGAGAACCGGCUGCGUGUCGCCGCCGCCGGAGCGGUCGGCCCCCUCGUCGCGCUGGUCUCUCACCCGGAUCCCCAGCUCCAGGAGCACGGCGUCACCGCCGUGCUGAACCUCUCCCUCUGCGACGAGAACAAGACCCUGAUCGCCGCCGCCGGCGCCAUCCGCCCCCUCGUCUGCGCCCUCAGCACCGGCACCCCCGUCGCUCGCGAGAACGCCGCCUGCGCCCUCCUCCGGCUCGCCCAGCUCGACGACCUCCGCACCGCCAUCGGCCGCUCCGGCGCCAUCCCUCCCUUGGUGGCCCUCCUCGAGUCCGGCGGGCCCCGCGCGAAGAAGGACGCCGCCACCGCCCUCUUCGCCCUCCUCGCCUCACGCGAGAACAAGACCCGGGCCGUCGAGGCCGGCAUCGUGCGGUCGCUCCUGGACCUGAUGGCCGACCCGGAUUCCGGCAUGGUGGACAAGGCCGCCUACGUGCUGAACGCGGUGGUGGAGGUGGCGGAGGGCCGGGCAGCGGCGGUGGAGGAGGACGGCAUCCCGGUGCUAGUGGAGAUGGUGGAGGCGGGCACGUCGCGGCAGAAGGAUAUUGCCGUCCGAUCCCUCCUCCAGAUCUGCAAGGAGAGCGCCGUCUACCGCAAGAUGGCCGCCCACGAGGGCGCUGUUCCCCCGCUCGUCGCGCUCUCCCAGUCCGCCACCAAGAAGUCCAAGGAGAAGGCGGAGGCGUUGAUCGAACUGCUACGGCAACCGAGGCGGACGGCAGGCGACUCACGCCGCUAAUGGACGCGUGGCGCGAUUCCAACGCCGGUGGUCCUGAUGUAAAUACCUGACCCAGAUCUUUCCCAAAGCGAUGAAGAGAAACAAAAGAGCAAUUUUUUUAUUUAUAUUGUUUAUGGAUUAGGAGAUGCAAAAAAUUGAUGGGCUCUAAGCAGCAUGUGUAAUCAUGCGAUGGAUGCUCGUUCUUGUGGUCAACCAAAUGCAAUAUGUAUGUGUACCUUAAAUUGUAUACGUUUCGUUCUUGCAAGCUGCA